AUGAGCAUUCCACGCGGAGGGGGAAAUCUCCAGUUAUGGGGGGCUCGGCAACAAGAGGUGUGCGUCCCCCCAUCUAACCCUUCCGCCCCUCAUCAAUCGACCGCCCUGUACCUCGUCUCUCGCCCACUGCCCAAAAAUGUCUCGACAAUUCAGUUCGAAAUCAUCAGUCGCGACCAGGGAUGGGGCAAUCCUCAUGAUGGAUUAUGGUCCUGGUUUGAAGUGUCUAUUCUGGGCUCGUUGGCGGAACAAACUACCGCUGAGUUCCACGAUCUGUCGGAUCCGGCCCAUGUUCGACCGACCCCGGAGGAAUUUGGAGAGUUGAUCCAGGAUCAAGGACUAUAUUUCAAGGACAUCCCCAGCCGAACCACUCAGUCGAGCUCCCAAGUUAGCAUGACAAUCAUCGCCAAUGCUAUUCGGCGACACUGGCAGCACCACGCCCUGACCUGGAGACGCGGCAGUGACGAUGAAACCGCAGACCACUUUCUCGAUCUCCUCGAGGAAGGAGAUCGAUUGUGCAUCUGGGCACGGGCACAGGCAUGGCACUUAGGCCAACUGACUUCAUCAAAAGAGAUGCUAAUGAGUUGA